GAAUACUUUCCUUCUCAAUCUAUGAAUCAAACUGUUAAGCUGGUCAGAGAGAAACUAAAUAAGAUACAAUCCAGUGUGGACCAUUUAGAAGGUGGACCAUCCAAGAGAAAACGUGUUGAUAAUAGGAGACGGAUAUAAAUUCUGUUUGGGUUUUGGCAAGGGUAUAUGGUUAUGUAUUAGCUCCUCCUCCCAAUUCUAUCUGCAGAAUAUGUUCUCUUUCCUGUCAAAAUCUUUUUAUGUUUUCUUUCCAAUUCAGAAACAUCACUUUGUUUCCUGGAAAAUCAGCCUUUUUUUAUGCUGAAUCUGGCUAAUGGUUCUAGUGCAUGGUGUCCAGAAUCUCCUCUGACGUUUUCGCCAACUUUUUUUUUUUCUUCUCUUUAUAAAUUAAUCUAAUCAUCAUUGAUCGACGUUUUCACCAACUAGGUAUCAACAAUAACACUUUUUCACCAACUAGGUAUCAACAAUAACGAUGCCGCUCUUAUUUUUCACCCCCAAGUCUAUCCAAUUUCCUCUUUGUUUCUUCGGUGUUAGUGCCAUGGAUUCCAUUACUAUAACUGAUAAUCCUAUUUAUGCAGUUUCAGAAUUUUCCAAGCAAGUUAAAUAUUGGAACCCAGGGCUUAUUAUCACUGUUCCUGAAUUGCUUGAUAAGGUCGAUGGGUUUUAUUUGCCUAUUUUGAAUUUCUGUCACCAGAAAAGUUCUAAUUUGAGUGUUCCAACAUUCGCUGAGCUAGUUGAUAAAGCAAGGUAUGAGAAAUGGGAUGGGGGAUAAAGCAAAGUGAUAUUGCAGUAUUCGGUGUGUUGCCUAUGUUUCAUGUGUUCGGUCCUACUAUUUUGUAUGUAUUCACAGUUUCAGAGGGGUAAUACCGAUGUGUCUAUAAAUAAGUUUGAUUUGGGAAUGACUAUACUAAGAGGUACAGUCUCAUGCAUUUAUGAAUUGUCUCAGCUAUUCUAGCAUUUGGAAAGAAUCCUGCGGUGAAGUAAAAUUAACUUCACUGAAACCUGUUAGAUCUGGUGCUGCAUCUUUGGUGAAGGAAGCUGACAGAGGAUCAGUAAUAUCACACUGAUUUUCUUUGGAAACAAUCAAACUUGUAUACCCUACCCCCCCCCCCCCCCCCCCCCCCCCACCCCACCUUGGAGGACUGAUUAUGAAAGGCCCGUGUAUUAUUUUUCAGAAAGUAUAUUCAAAUUCUGAGAAAUAAAAUAACAACGAAAUUUCUGAAGUAUUCUGUUAAAUCCUCUAUGAAGUAGAAUGUUGCAGAGAUUCCAAGUGAAGUGUGACCAUAACUCUAUGGGUUUGUAACAUGUUUCAGUGACCAACAGACAUAUUUCUGUUAUGCUUUAAAUAAUAAAGAGGAAGAUCUUUAUUUUAA